AUGGCGGAGGUGGCAACAGCCGAAAAACCUGUGACCGACGGCAUCCAGGACGGAUCCGAACAGCCCGACCGGUCUCUUCGCUUUGAGGCCGAGCUGGAGUUUGUUCAAUCGCUGGCAAACCCGCAAUACCUGUCAUAUCUGGCACACAACAAGUACUUAGAGUCACCAGAGUUCCUCAACUACCUCUCAUACCUGGAGUAUUGGCGAGAGCCAAAGUAUGCAAGGUUCCUGGUCUACCCCAACUGUCUUCAUGUUCUGAAACUGCUCCAGUACGCUACAUUCCGCAAAGAAAUCAGCCGGCCUGACUUUGCCAAGCAGCUCAUGGACGAGUUCUACUACGCAUGGAUCAAGCCCAGUGAGGCCGGUGUGUUUGGAGAUGACGAUACGCUAGAGGGUCUGAAACGGGAGGACUCUCAGGCUCCGCCAGGACAAAACGUCAAGAUGGAGAACAAGGACGGAGACGGCGAUGUUCAGAUGGCAUAA